CGCCACGUCGGCUCCGCCUAGAGAGUCCGGGCUCGGGCGGGGCCGGCGGGACCUGCGUGGCUCUGGGCUGGUUACUGCGGGUCUACCCACCACGACGCGGACAUGGCGGCCCAGAAGGACCAGCAGAAGGAUGCCGAGGCAGAAGGGCUGAGCGCCACGACCCUGCUACCCAAGCUGAUUCCCUCGGGCGCUGGCCGAGAGUGGCUGGAGCGGCGCCGCGCGACUAUCCGGCCUUGGGGCACCUUCGUGGACCAGCAGCGCUUCUCGAGACCCCGCAACCUGGGUGAGCUGUGCCAGCGCCUGGUACGCAAUGUCGAGUAUUACCAAAGCAACUACGUGUUCGUGUUCCUGGGACUCAUCUUGUACUGCGUGGUGACUUCCCCCAUGCUGCUGGUGGCUCUGGCUGUCUUCUUUGGCGCCUGUUACAUUCUCUAUCUGCGCACGUUGCAGUCCAAGCUUGUGCUCUUUGGCCGAGAGCUGAGCCCAGUGCAUCAGUAUGCCCUGGCUGGGGGCGUCUCCUUCCCUUUCUUCUGGCUGGCUGGCGCUGGCUCCGCUGUCUUCUGGGUCCUGGGAGCCACCCUGGUGGUCAUCGGCUCCCAUGCCGCCUUCCACCAGAUAGAGCCUUCAGACGGGGAGGAACUACAGAUGGAGCCUGUGUGAAGUGUCCUUCAGGGCCUGCCAGCCUCUCCUGCCAGCUGCCCCAUCUCUGUCUGCUCCUGUCCUGCAUGGCCCUGCCACUCAGCCCAGGGAGGGGUUUUGCCUUUGGAAAUAAAGCAGUUACAGUUGCCAUUCAGCAAAUA